AUGGAAAACCUCUGGAGGAGAUGCAGAUCAGAGACUUUUAGGUAUAAAUUUCUGAGGAACUCUUUGCUCCUUGGAUUAUUCACUGGUGGUGGUGAGGCCCACUGUGAAGGUUGUAUAGAGUACUGCUGCGACGGCUCGCCACCGUUCUGCUGCUCCUACUAUGCCUACGUCGGGGACGUCCUCUCGGGCACUGCCAUCUCCGGCAUCGUGUUUGGCGUUGUGUUUCUGAUGGGAGCAGUGGCUGCCUUAUUCCUCUGCGUGUGCAUGUGCAUGAAGAAUGGACGCGGUGCACGGGUCGGCGUGUUCAGCACCUCCUACAUCAACACUGUGACCCAGGGCUAUCCAGGUCCUCCACCUCCUUACACCUACGACUAUGAGAUGUACCCACCAUCGCUACGACCGCCACCCUACACCCCAGCUCAGCCUCAGCAAGCCAGCUACUCCCCGCCUCCUCCUUACCCAGGCUUCAGCCGCAAGUGAAUCCUCACCGCUCUGAUCACAUGCCGGCUGGAGCAUCUUUUAUUCCCAGAAAUUGGGGAACAUGGACAUAAAUGGACACUCUGCUCCUUGGGUUUACAUAGUAAAUAUGUUGGGAUUAAAACUUUAGAGCAGUGAGUCAGAAUAACCCUCCUCCACUCACACACACACA